CUUCUAGAUUGGAUUCGGCCAUUUCAACUUCACCGGCAAACCCCACCGACCAAGUGACGGGACGGAGGCUGAUAACAUCUGAAAGAUGACUGACCAAGCUAUUUCCUUCGCCAAGGACUUCUUGGCUGGUGGUAUUGCCGCUGCCAUCUCCAAAACAGCUGUAGCCCCCAUCGAGAGAGUCAAGCUUCUCCUCCAGGUACAACAUGCCAGCAAACAGAUUGCAGCCGACAAGCAGUACAAGGGCAUCAUCGACUGCGUCGUCCGUAUCCCCAAAGAGCAGGGCUUCCUCUCGUUUUGGAGAGGGAAUCUGGCCAACGUCAUCCGAUACUUCCCCACUCAGGCCCUCAACUUUGCUUUCAAGGACAAGUACAAGAAGAUUUUCCUCGACGGCGUGGACAAGCGUGCGCAGUUCUGGAGAUACUUCGCAGGUAACCUGGCGUCCGGUGGCGCCGCCGGAGCCACCUCCCUCUGUUUUGUCUACCCCCUCGACUUUGCCAGAACACGUCUGGCUGCUGACGUCGGCAAAGGCGGACACGAGCGUGAGUUCAAAGGCCUGGGUGACUGCUUGGUGAAGAUCUUCAAGUCUGAUGGCCUCAAGGGUCUGUACCAGGGCUUCAGUGUGUCAGUACAAGGCAUUAUCAUCUACAGAGCUGCUUACUUUGGCGUCUACGACACAGCCAAGGGCAUGCUUCCAGACCCCAAGAACACACACAUUAUCGUCAGCUGGAUGAUUGCUCAGUCUGUCACUGCGGUCGCUGGUCUUGUGUCCUAUCCCUUCGACACCGUCCGUCGUCGUAUGAUGAUGCAGUCUGGACGUAAAGGAGCCGAUAUCAUGUACACUGGCACCAUUGACUGCUGGAGGAAGAUCGCACGUGACGAGGGCACCAAGGCUUUCUUCAAGGGAGCCUGGUCUAAUGUGCUCAGAGGCAUGGGUGGCGCCUUUGUGCUGGUCUUAUACGAUGAGCUUAAGAAAGUAAUCUAAGUUGUUUUUGUAUGUCCACCGUUCAUGUUGUGAAGUUUAACUGUAACAUAUCUUGUACAUUUGGAAGGACUUAAAUGCAGCGCUAUAUAUAUUUAUAGGGACCAACUAGUAUUUUCUACUAGUUGUACCGGGGGAAUCUGUUAUGCACUCCUCUCUUGGCCCAUGCUUUUUUUUUCUUUUGUUUUGCCCCUCACCAGAAUGUCAUUCCCUGAACACAGGAACCUUUGCAGAAAAAAAAGAGAAAUAAAGACAACCUACUGAGUGAA